CACCCGGCACAGCUCCGACAGCUCCAUCGAAGAAACCAAACUCGUCUAUCAGGACGCUCGAGCCAUGUUGGACGACCUCGACCUCUUCCCGGAAGAGCGAGAUCAAUUGACUGUAACCGGUCUCUCUUGGUACCACCACAUGACUCGCGAGGAAGAUAAGGAAUAUCUCUUGGCUCAUAUCCGGCAAGAAUGUCCUUCGGAUGAGUUCAAGCUUAGGAUCGAGAGGGAAACGGAAGGGCCAGGAGAGCAUUAUGUGGUCACGAUGUAUCGUAUCGAUGACGAUUUUUCGGAUACGACGCAGUAUAAUCUGGGUGGAGUAGUCAUCCCAUUCGAAUACGUACGCAUUGACGACUACCUAGAUUUGGUGAUGGAGCAAGAAGAACACAUUUACGGCGACUAUCCCUGGCUCUUCGGCCCGGCGCUUUUCUGCUCGUUCGCCAGUCACGCCGACUGGGUCCACUGUGCUUUCUCUACGAGUCCCGAUCCCCGCGACAAUGGAUUAUGCACCAUCCUGCCUAAAGAUCCGAUGAGACUGUUCGAGGCUUUCCAUACGUUUGCGGAUCUGCACAAGCGUCGCUUUGUCGAGGACGACGAGGACGUCAAGAGGGACUAUUCUAUGCCUGAUGAGGUCAUUACCGAAAUUCAACGGAUCUCUGACACUGUCUUGAAGGUGAUCGGGCAGGAACGUUAUUGGGUGAUGGACGAAAGGCGCCGCUAUCGCUUAGGGGUCUCGGACAUGUUUGAUCCGUUCGUAAAGUACGCCCAGGAUCUCGAGCCUAACGUUGCGCCGUCCGAAGAAAACUACAACGUCUGGAUCCAGUGCGGCAAACACAAGAGGAUCAAGCGAACUCGACCCGACCUUGAGCCUCGUCUCUCGUGAAAGGGAGAUUCUCGAUUCUGAAAUAGUAGUUAUCGCCCAUAAUUUUCCUGGCACGCAAUGGCUUUGGAUCUUCCCUUGCGUAGCGGUACGGAUGAAAUCACAACAGCAAGCUUUCAUAUUCUCGAACGGAAUUCUUCAUCUGGAUCAUCGAUGAUCCAUACCAUUGAGCGGCGCCACGAUUCACACCAGAAACGGCAAAGUACGCUUUUAUAUAAUAUAUAGAUAACCUCUUUCCUUGUAUCCGUCCCUUGUACGUUCCCAUACACUCAUCAGUAGAGCAUCAUGAUCAACAAUAAUAUACAUUUAUAUCAUUCAA